GUUGGUUGCUGGGUUUGUUUCAGGGCCAAGGUGAACACGGCUUUUGGUCGGUGCACAGUGCAGGCCAAGCAGGUGUCAAAUUUAUUGACUCAUGCCACCGGCAAGAAACAUCAGGAUGCGCUUCAGAAAUUGAGCUUGCAGGAUUCGCAGGGUCAGGGCGACGGCCAGGCGGCUGAGCCUGACAGUGGCAUCGUCCAUAGUAUUUGUUCUGGUUUGGCUCUUCAGGUCCCACGGAUGGACACUUGGAUCUCAGUCUUGAACUCUUUGUUAUCCCGUGCAUCGUUUCUUGCGCCAACUGACAAGGCUGCAAACAUCGGGUCUGCCCUGCUCUCCCCUGAAGCAGAUUCCUCGGGGACAGUGUCAAAGAAAAUCUUGCAGUGCCUGCGAUUUCCAUUGGACCAGCAGGACAUGUGGCAUUUGAAGCAUGCAGUGGCAGGGUCCAUAGCCCUUGACCAUGGAGAGGGUUUCCUAAUUGUUCACGCCCGCGUGCUUUCGCCCCGGGGUAUUUACGAUACUUUGCUAGGAAUUGACUGUGGUGGGGGCAAGAAUGACAGCAACAGCGACAAUAAUAACUUAGACGCAUCAAGGCAGAUCCUGGAGGCACUUAAGAGAGUUCUUGCACGGGCUGUCACAUCGCGAAGUGAUUCUCGAAGGUCAAACCUGUAUGUUGCUGACAACGAGCAGCCGAACCAGGAUGUACUGAAGCACUUCACCUCAAAGAUACUUUCGAUGGUGGCCGACGGCGGCCCCUGCGAGCAAAGGGCCCUGUACGAAUCUUCACCAUUGUGCGCAAGCUUGAACCCUGGGGGUCACUGCAGGGAAGCGCUGUUUCCUUCAGCAUGUCUGAUAAGCAGGGACAGAUCGCAUCGUUUGCGAUCUGUUGACAAGCUUUUCUGGAAACGCUUGCCUGACACCUUCGACCGAUUCUUGAGGAGUUUGCUCACAGGCAAGAAGUCAUUGGCCUCUUUUCUGGAGAGUAGUGACAAGUUCAGUCAUGCAUUCAUGCACAAGCAAUCUCAGAACAAAGCUGUGGCACAACAAGAUGAUGUUGUUUCAUCGGCAAGCUUUGUGGGCCUGAUUAAAUCGCUGGCGUACGCCGACCACCGCUUUGACAGCCGAAAGAGGCCACUCUUUAGGCUCUUCCGAUUAUUUGUCACAGUUCUUGACCUGCUAGAGGAGAUAGCAGGUGAAGAGGGGCAGUGGGACCGUGACGACCGCAAGAUUGCGGUCAACCUCUUGGCCCAGCUUGGGGGAGACACGGGAUUCUGCACCUGUGUCUCCGCAGCAGUUGUUGCUGACACGAUGAUUUUGGGGUGGCCCAUGCUGAAGGUGUGCGAUCAAGACGCAUCAGAUUAUGCAUUGGCCGCGCCAAUGGCAGCUGAGACCUUGGCCACCAUGAAACAUAUGCUCCAUGACGGAGGGAUCUGGCUGCCGCAGGCCAAGGACACGUUGACACACACAGUGCUAUCAGCAAUCCGCGAUCGAGCUGUCUUUGUUGGGCGUGGUGGGAAGCAAUGCCACCAAAUCAGCAUUCGGUGGCCUGCCCCGGACUCGCAGGCUCGAUCACAGCCAAUCAAGGCCGCCAGAGAGCUGCUAGGUGGGAUGUUGGUUUGGACACUACAAGCAGUGCGGUUUUAUGCCAUCUUCGAGGCUUUCUUCAAGUCCCACUUUCCAGGGUACGAGGAAGCCAACCUUCUGGGAGCCUUCAACUUGACUGUGGAGAUGGCCCUGUCUGACCGGCAGCGGCUUUUUCUUGCGCUUUGUGAGAGGUUGGGCUUGAGUGGGUCUGCCGCAUGGCAAUCAAUCAUUGGAAACGGCACAACGACCGGCUUACUGCAGCAGGCUCGGUAUUGGAGUUCUGAAGCAGGACUUCUGGUGGCUGAGCAGGAGGACCAGUCUAAGCUGACAUGUCAUUUGCCACAAAGUCUGCAUCAAAGAGCAUGGCUACGCACUUGGCAGGGUGCAAGAAAGAAUGCUUCCCACACUGCGGCCAUGAAGGCCAUUGAGUUUUACUUAUCUUCCCUGGCAGGCACCGGUACUGUGGAGAGGUCUGUCAAUCUGAUGGGCACUCUUUUGGCGAGACGGGGUGGCCUGCAUGAACGCACUGUUGAAGCGAUGAUGAAGAUUUUGUUGCAGGACGAGAGAGGGCGUCGGACAACAAGACUGGACCCUAGACAGCUGCUCACCAAGGAGGGGCCUCGUAAGACGGCCGGACAGGCUGUGGUGCUGCGUCCUGCGAGUGCUUAUUUGCUCCGGUGCCAGAAGAUGUAUGCUUCAUGGUAUGGAGAGCGUGCUUCUAAAGCACGGUCUUUGGAAGUCCCAACUUUGCAGGAGAUUGCCGUAGAGCAGGCCAAGGCAAAGAAACCUAGGUUGUACUGCGCCAAACCGCAGCAUGCGAAUUCCGAGAAAGCGCAACUUGAGGCGCAUGCUGCUUCUUGCAAGGCUGCAAUUGCGGCUGUUAAGACGGAUGUGGUCCCAGACACCAUGACAGUUCUGGGCCAGCCCCUGGGCAUAGUUCCAUCUGGGGCAUCACAUGAUGGCCUCAUGUCAAGCAUGGCAGAAGAAGCCUGGGAGAUGCGCAAGAGGCGCGUGAAAGCAGUGGUCAAGCAGGCAGAGGUUGCCGAGAAGAGGGCCCAGGCGCAGAUAGUUGCCAUUCCUGGGCAACCGGCUGCUUUUGUAGACUCCAAGGGAAAUCGUAUGCUGCCGAAGUCAGACACCAAAGCCUUGCCUGAGAAGGUGCCUGAGAUGCCAUUCAGGCCAGUGGUCAUCAUCCGCAAAGGUACGGAAGCAGCGCAGGCAUGGGUCCCGAAGCCAGUCAUCAUCGGCACCUUUCCUGGGAAGGCGGAUGUCGUGCUGGUUCCAUCUGUGACAUCAAGCUCCGCUGAGGCCUUGCUUGCUCGGCUGGAGGGUGCCCGAUUGAUAGACUUGGAGAACCGCUGCACCCAUUUCAAGGGCACCAUGCACAAGCAGCGUUACCUGUUCUACAUACAGAGUGACUUCGCGAGAGCAUACCCGAAGCACACGCAUGUGCUGGAGCAGUGCUCACUCAGAAGCUCUCUCAUGAAGACAGGGGGAGUGAAGACACCACGGCUCAUGGUUGAGAGAGGUGCAUUGCCAGAAGAGCUGAAAUGGCCAGACAGAUCCUUCCAGCUUGUGUGUUCACUUACGGAAGGUGGUAAGAGGGAGCUGGAUCUUGAGGGUUUGCUGCAGAUCUGUAGCCGAAGUUAUGGGCCAUUGCCAAGCGGUGCAUCGUGCAGCUGA